AUGAAGAUUGAUACUUAUCCUCUUAGGCAAGAGGAAGCUUUGUUUCUCGACCCAGUUGACAUCAACAUGGUAGAGAUUACUGAAUUCCCUUAUGAUAAUAUGGUCGAAGAGGGAACUAGAGAAAGUCCUGAUGUCGGCCUAGCAGAUGUGUACCCAAGGCCUGAGGAAGACUUGCUAGACUUCCUUUACCACUGUAAGAAUAAAGGUUUGCAAGCUUGCUUGUGUCCUAGAUGUGGCGCUUUGACUGACAAAAUAGCUGCUGAAAAUUUCUAG